UAGGAGGAGGAAAGAGACACUGUGAUCUGGGUUAUAGAAGAGGAGUUGGCUGCAGGGAACUGGUGAGCUUGGCCAUUCAUGGGACCAGGAUCCAAGCUCUUGAGGAGGCUGCUUCCUUUUAGCUCAUGAGGGACUGGAGCAGUAGCCUCCCAGGAGCCCUGUGGCCAUGACACAGCUGCUUCUCCUCAUUGUGUCUCUUCUGGUCCUGGGUCAUGUGCCACCAGGGAGAAAUGAGUUCAAACGGUGCUGGAAGGGCCAAGGCGCCUGCCGGACUUACUGCACAAUGCGAGAAGCCUACAUGCACCUGUGCCCGGAUGCCUCCCUGUGCUGUAUCCCCUAUGGACUCAAGAACCAGAAGCCAGGGAUCGUGUAGCUGGUUCCGGGGCUGGCACACUUGCUCUUCAAUAAAAUACAUGCUGCCUGUU